CAGCACACGCGCGCUGACCUCGGGGCUAUGGCGCGUCCGUUGAUGGGGUCAGUUCCGGAACGUGACCGCGGCUGUAACAAAGUUUGUCAUGACAUUGAUGUGCACUGCCGCCGGUCAGCUUUGGCGCACAGCGCUCAGCAUAGCUUCCUUCACGCAAGCGUGUCCGCUGCGGACAUAGAAUAUCACGCCCCUACUCAUAGCAUCUACAACUCCCUCAUUCACGUUAGAGACUCGCAACUUGCUCUGCGAUGCAGCCUCCACCACCAACCGCAUCUGCGGCCGUGUCCCAAGAAUCAGCGACUGCCACCGAUCUUUCCUUUGCCCAAGCGCUUGAGCAGACUGGCCCCGAGGAGUCCUCGAUCUUCCUUGCUGCGCAACGUGGAGAUAUCGAAACGGUCCGCGAGCUGCUCGUGUCCGGCAAAGCCCAAGCGACGGACCGGGACCCCCAAAACAUCACCGCGCUCCACUGGGCCGCUAUCAACGCGCAGGUCCCGACAUGUCGGCUGCUGCUCGAACACGGGGCAGAGGUCGACGCGCUGGGCGGCGAUCUCGUAGCCACCCCGCUGCAAUGGGCGGCCCGGAACGGGUAUCUCUACGUUAUCCAGCUCCUCAUCGCGCACGGCGCGGACCCGACCAUCACCGACUCGCAGGGGUACAACUCCCUGCACCUCGUCACGCACUCGUCCUCCGUGAUGCCGCUGCUCUACCUCCUACAUCAGCCGGUCAACGUCGACUCGCGCGACGCGCAGGGCCACACUGCGCUCAUGUGGGCGGCGUACCAGGGUGAUGCGCUCAGCGUGGACCUGUUGCUGAGGCACGGCGCGUCGCCAACCGUCACGGACGACGCCGGGCUGACUCCGCUCCAUUGGGCUGUCGUACGGGGCAACAGGGUCAGCAUCAGAAAGCUAAUGGAGAAGGGUGCUCAGAUUGGAGCCAAGGACAAUGAGGGUCGGACACCACGGGAUAUGGCACAGGAGCUGAAGAGCUUGGGCGCUUGGAAACGCGCGCUGGAGGAAGGUGGAUGGGAUGACGAGGGCAUGAAGAAGACUCGACCCCUCAGCGAACGCAAUGCUCGAAUUGCUAUCUUUUGCUUGCCGACGAUUGUUUUCUAUGUCGUGUUCAAGACGUUGGCCGUCUUGCCCUGGUAUACUGGCAUUUUGCUUGCUAUGGCCGAGUUCUUUGGAAUGCAUCAUGUCGUCACCCGUGUCUUGCUCAACAAGAACAGCUACACCGAUACCGUCAGCCAAACGCCCUACUUCGCCGGAAUUAUCUCCGCAUCGAUGAUAUGGGUCGUUUUCUGCUGGGCCACGCGUUUGAUACACCAAACCCAUUCGCACGCGUUCUCGCACUUGUGCUUUGCACUCGCCGUAGGCCUCUGCGCUUACAACUUCUUCCGUGCCAUCACGCUAGAUCCUGGAGUUUGUCCCAAGCCCUCGAGUGAUGCUGAAUUGAAAUCGAUAAUCGAAGAUCUAGCUUCCGAAGGCCGAUUGAAUGGCCAGACUUUCUGUUUGCAGUGCAUGGCGCGCAAGCCGUUACGGUCCAAGCAUUGCCGGGUCUGUGACAAAUGUAUCGCACGGAGUGACCAUCACUGCCCAUGGGUUUGGAACUGUGUUGGCUCUAACAACCAUCGGCAAUUCCUGAUAUUCGUGACCACCCUGGUCCUUGGAAUCACCCUUUUCGAUUAUCUGGCCUAUGCCUACUUCUCUUCUAUCACUCUCCCUGCUCUUGACGCUUCAGUUCCACCCUCUACAUGCCCACUUCCCCAAAAUCUGUGUGAAAUCACAGCCACUGAUCCUUUCCUUGUUGCGGUUACUUUCUGGGCCACUCUGCAGCUGACUUGGACGUUUGUGUUGCUCGGAUCCCAAUACUGGCAGGUCGCGCGUCAGAUGACCACGUUCGAGGUAUCCAACCUGGGCCGAUAUGGAUUCAUGGGCGGCCGCGGGGGUGCGAGUCUUCAGGGCCAGAUGGGCCACAGACACACUCACUCGCAGGAAGGCGAGGGCCUCAACAGUGCCCCCGCAGCUCACGGCCACAGCCACGGGUCCGGUUUCCUGAUGAACCUGCUCGGCUUCGAUCGGUUUACCCGAGGCAAAGCUGUCGACGGGCUCACGCGUGCCAGCAAAGCUAGCAAUCCAUUCGAUCUCGGUCUAGUCCGUAAUUGCCGUGAUUUCUGGACGAACGGCAAGGAGCUCGGCGUCGAGUACGAGAGACUGUACGAUGUGCCGCUAGAGGGAUUCGAGGAAGCCCGGAAGCGCCGCGAGCGGGAAGAGCAGGAGGACGGGCUUUCAGCCGGUGGGAGGAAGAGCUCUGCGAGAAAAGGACUGUUUAUGGGCAUGGGUCUGGGCAUGGGCCGGGCCGGCAGCAGUCGUGGUGGAUAUGAGCCCAUCAGUCAAGUAUGAUCAGUAUUUUACGAAACUUUGACGAAAACCGGUACUUAUUUAUGUAACGAGUUGGAAUGAACCGUUGUAGAUUUUUGAAACCUGGGGUCCUCUGUCCACUCAAGUUCCUGGUCUUCGCUGCAAACGGUGGUACAACCAGAGGGCCUGCACCUAAUGAAAAUUCUCAAGGUUGUUUAGGCAAGACCUCGAUGCGGAGGAUAUCGUUGAAUUGA